AGUUAAAGUUUGGGGUGUGUAAAAAUAAUGGAAACGGCGUCUCCCACCGUGGUCUGCUGUAAACUGAUUGGCCAGCAGACCGCAUCGGGGAUUUUAAAAUUCACAACAGCUGCGUUUUGUCGUGGAUUGUUGGAGGCUGCUUCAAAUUGAGAGGAUAUAAUGGGGCAUUUAGGAGACCGUCUGAAGCUGAUGGUGAAAACUUUCAGGAGAGAGAGCCACAGGGUUUUAGACUCUGAGAGGACCACCAUUCAUGGAGCUGAUGGUAUGCUAAUGUUGUUGCAGCUGGCCAUGGCAGAGGUGAAUAAACAGCAUGGCAGAGAGUUCAAAGUGGAUUUGAGUGAUGUCCUGAUGGUCUGGAAGUACUUACUAUUAGACAAACUUCACCUGCCACCCCCAAGCUCUGCACGCUUGGAGAAUUAUGACCUCAUCCGGGAGGCAUACGAAUCCUUCUUGAAACGGUCCAACACUGUGGACCUGGUUGAUGUCUUCUCCAUGUACAAACAGCUAAGGAUACUGCACGUGGACCCCGAAGAGCCAGUGAGCCCGAUCCAGUUGUUUGAGUUCCUGUCAGGGAAAAUGGAGUCCAUGGAUUUGCCAGAGUCUUCAGUGCCCUCCACACCUAGCAGUAAAGCCAGGACGUGUAGUUCACAGCUGAAAGUGGCCAUGAGAAGAGUGUACUGCUCCUAUCUGAGUUUGCUGGUGAACUCCAAGAACGACUUGGCCUUGGCGCUUACCCUCGAUGUCCCCAGUCGCUCACUUGGACAGCAGGCAUUUACAGACAUCAAGCAUGCAGGGCACAACAGCACCAUGUCUCUCUUCUUGGCUGUGACAUCGUUUGUACGGGCCAUCCAGCUCGGAGGAAAGGGCUACGCUCCAGCUGAGUCUGACCCAUUGAGGAAAUAUGUCAAAGGCUUGUCUGACUUUGUCCAGUUUCUAGACAAUCUGGAAGAAAUACUGGGGGAGACUCCUGACCCAAGCGUAUGUGGAGGCAGACUGGUGAUGGCCAUCCGGUCAGCGCUGGUGAAGGGACACAGCAGUGCAGAUCAGGUGCACACAGCAGCUGAAGAGACGGCAAAGGAGCUAAAGGAGAGGAUCAGCCAGCUACACCAGGUCCAGAAACAGACUGCUAAUGAAAGGGGGACACAGAUCAGCCCAGCCAGGCCAAAAGCACAUGCUGUCAAUCACGCCACUGCCUACGGAGGUCGGGACACGGUGAAGGUGUUGAUGGCGCUGCUGGAUGGAGAAGCCCUGAAUCCUCCUUGCCAGAACAAAGCGGAGCUGCUGUCUGAGGACCAACCUGUCCUUAAUGGAACUGAGGGAACCUGCAUUCUCACACUGUUCAGGUCUCCUGAAGUCACUACUGGAUCUUCUCCAGAACCCCUCAGGAACCGGGUCCAGAGUCGAGCGGACCUGCUCAAACCCAAGGUCAGAGACCGAGUCGUGCGGUCCCAGUUUGCAUGCACAUACAGAGAUGAAGAGCUGCCACUCAACCGCGUGCUGGAGUUUCCCAGCACCAGCCAACUUCCCACCUGUGUGCACCCAGCACCCAAAACCCAAACCACCACAGCUGUGGACGAGGAGGACUGCUCGCCAGACUCUCCAGCCAAGCCUACCUCUAAAAGUCCAGGGGCUGCUUUGAGGCAAAAGAGUGGAAAUGCUCAGAACACAGGAGCGGGUCAUGGCAAAAGAACAAGUCACAUCAGGGUGCAGAGCAACGGUAACAAGAGGAAGCAGGUGGAUUCUGAGCAAUACGAAGGAUCAGAGAACGAGCCUCCAGAGAAGAAACAGAUGAGUAAAAUGUCAGUCAAACCUCCUGGUAGGAGGGUCAGCAAGGCCUCGAGUAAGAAGAAGCUGAUAGCUGGUCAGGGAAAGCUAACCAGCUUCUUCAGAGUAUAAGAUUAUCUGUGACGAUGAGGACGGCUUGUUUUAAAGGAUGUUAAAGCACAUUCUCUUGUCACUCUGUGGACAAUCACAGCUGUUCAGCAUCAAUGUCUAAUCCUUCCUCUUCUUUUAAAGCCAAGUUUGCAAUUUCUGCCUGGACUAUUGCUUGAAUGAGUCAUUUGAUUUUGGAAAAAUCGUAGAUAAAUUUUCUGUUGAUUCAAGUAAUCCAAGUUAAAAUGGAAGUUUUCACUGAUUAGAGGGAAACAUGAGAAGCUGCAAUAUGAACACAUCAAGCAGAGCCUUCCCCUUCUAUGCUUUCUUUCUCCAUGUUGCUACUAAGCCCUUUUUGCACUUUAAGUGUAUUUAAUGAUCAAUUGUACACUGUAUUUCAUUUCUGAAGCUCCAAAAUGACAUCAGCACUAAUACGAUGCAGGUUUUUAAUAAAUGUUUAUUAUGUUUUA